GGGCGUGGCCCCAACGCCCUGGUAGCUCGGAAGACAAACUACAACCCCCAGGACAGCGCGAGAUCUCAGCCGAGGGAAGAGUGACUGAACUCUGGCUGGAGGCGGGGCCGUCCCGGAAGCACCCGGCCGGCCGCCAGAAGGGGGCGUGGUCGCGCCUGGGGGCGUGGCCUUCGGGGCUACAGGAAGAAGACACCUGUUGAACCGUCCAUCCAUUCCCUUCCCAGCCCUUGCAGUUGUCCCUGAGAGCGAAGCCGCACCCCAAGCCUCCUCCGAAAAAUAGGUGAGCGGCUCCAUGGGGGCGGGGACCUGCAUGUGAGAAAACGGCAACGACAGAGGAGGCAUUUAUUGGCUCGUUUUCAAGACUAAAUUUGGAGCCCUCCAUCUGCAGACCCAUCGACGAACUCUGCUUGGGCUCGCUCUCUUUCUCUCACUCGGCCUGGGGAAGCGAGAAGAACGCGAGCGCUUUUUGGCAGCAAAGGAACGGCCCCGUCUAAGCUUCCUCCCGGCCGUGUUUUUCCCCAGCCCCAAAGGAUCGAGCCACAUGGCUUCCGCGGUCUGGGGCAGUGCGCCCUGGUGGGGCCCGCCGCCCCCAGCCCCCGCCCGGCCGCUCACGGACAUCGACUUUUGCUCUGGGGCGCAGCUGCAGGAACUAACCCAGCUGAUCCAGGAGCUGGGUGUGCAGGAAAGCUGGAGUGACGCGCCCAAGCCGCGACCAGACCUCCUCCGGGCCAAGGACUUUGUUUUCUCUUUGCUAGGUCUGGUUCACCGCCGGGACCCCCGCUUUCCUCCCCAAGCGGAGCUCCUGCUGCUUCGUGGUGGGAUUCGCGAGGGCUCCCUGGAUCUGGGACCUGCACCCUUAGGCCCCUACGUCCGGGGACCUCAUUACGACGCCGGCUUUACACUCCUAGUGCCGGUGUUUUCGCUAGACGGCACCGGGCAGGAGCUGCAACUGGACGUGGAAUCCCGUUGUGCAUGGCUGUGCCUCCCAGAGCGCAUACGCGGAACCUCGGUCCGGGAGGCAUGGCAGGAUUGCCUAGGACCUCCAGUCCCAGGAGGACGUGAUUCCGUCCUCCGAACCCAAAGCCAAGGAAGUCUCAAGGGCCGGCCAUGCUCCGUGGACCAGCCGCAUGAUUCUGUCACUGAGCCUGAUCCAAACGUGUCUUUGGAAAAAUCACCUUGUAACGUUUUGGAGCAAGAGCCGCCCGGGCAAGGCAUAACCGAUCUUGACACUUCCACCCCACUGGAAAACCUGAAUGGCGACAUCACGAAAGAAGCCGUGGUCAGCUCAGGCCCUCAGCAGACCGAGGGUUGGGAGACAUGGCCCACACUAUGCCCCGCCCAGGUGGCUGCGUGGUUCUUUGCUUCACUGGCCGCGGUGGCCGAGUCCCUAUUCCCGGUCCCGGGUGCCCCACGCUUGGUCCACGCAGCCCGCCACGCAGGGUUCACUACCGUCCUGCUGGCUACGCCGGAGCCCCCGCGCCACCUCCUGCUCUUCGACCUGAUUCCCGUGGUGUCCGUGGCCGGCUGGCCCGAGGGUGCUCGGAGCCACUCGUGGGCCGGCCCGCUGGCCUCCGAGUCGUCAUCCUUCUACCUGGUGCCGGGCGGCCACACUGAGCAUCCAGGCGCCUGCGGCUGGCAGCUCUGCUUCGCCCGCCAGGAGCUGGCGCUCAAGGCGCGCAUACCCGCUCCGCUGCUGCAGGCGCACGCGGCGGCCCAGGCGCUGCUGCGCCCGCUGGUGGCCGGGACCCGGGCCGCGGCGCCCUACCUCCUGCGGACGUUGCUCUACUGGGCGUGCGAGCGGCUGCCCGCGCUCUAUCUCGCGCGGCCGGAGAACGCGGGCGCCUGCUGCCUCGGGCUGCUGGAUGAGCUGGGCCGUGUGCUCGAGGCCGGGACGCUGCCCCACUAUUUUCUGAGCGGCCGAAAACUCCGUGCUGGGGAUGGCGCCGCCGGGCUGCUCGGGGCGUUGGCCAGGCUUCGCGGGGACCCUGCCGGGGCCCUGCGAGACGCGGUGGAGGAGGCCAAGGCUGCGCGCAAGGGAGGCGGCUUAGCGGGCGUGGGAGGCGGGGCCCAUUGAAGACUCUGCUCCUACCGGCGUGGAAAGUGCUAAUGUCGGCCAGCGGGGUGUGGUGGGGGGCCACCGGCCCCUCGCCUGGGAGAGAGACUGAGGGUCCCGGGCCCGAAGAGCGCAGUCUAGAAGGCCUCCUCGCGGGUCGUUCCCCAUCCUCCUGCCCCGUCCCUGGCCCUGACCUGUGGUCGUCCCACUUCUGGCCUCUCUGCUACCCCGAUCUGUGGCCAGCACCCCUCCCCGUCCGGUGCAUCCUUAGACAAACGUCUCCCCCAAUUCUUAAGGUCUUUUCUCUUAGGAGUCACUAGGGAAGGGGGAGUAUAUUUGCUGACAAAACGCUGAAAGAAGGCACGGAGGCCAGGGACUGACCAGUUUGGCUCACACAAAAUCAGAGAUUAAUAAAAGGCCGGAUUCGGCCCCAGGCUAGACCUCA